GGAAAAGAUGGGUGAAGAAAAUUUUCUUCCAAACAUAUCUGUGGAUGUCUUCCAAGACAACGAAAUGGAUGAAAUGAUGCAAGAAGAAGAUCAGAUAUCAAAGGGCAUAGCAAAAGGGUACCUCCAUAAUAUCUCACCCUUAAAGAAGGAUGGAGCAUUUUUUGACUUCCAAAUACAAACAAAGUAUAAAACACUCCGUGGUGUGUGCUUUUCCCCCAAGAAACGAAAACUUCUAGAAGAUUUUACCAAUACAAGCUCCCCUGUCAAGCUAUCAAAAUGCACCCUGGAGACCAAAUGCAACUCUCAAGAUCUCCUUCUUCAUGAAGAUAUUGUAAUAGAAGAGUAUCCAGAGGUCGAUUUUCCAAAAAAAGAUAUUGAUACAAACUUGACAAUAUCAGACAUUAAGUCUGUAUGCAUAGGCCAAUUGAUAACCCUAAAAGCAAAAGUAGUUAGCAUUGGUGAAGUACGCAAAGUUAAGAAUGGAAAAUUGUCUUUGAGGGAAGUUUAUAUUGCUGAUCCAACAGAUAGCAUAAAACUAGACCUAUGGGAAGAAAACAUAGAUAAAGCACAAGAGGGCAAAACAUAUCUAUUUCGCAAUUUAAGAGUUAAGAAAAAUUCUUACAGCAGUGAAAUAUAUUUGAAC